AUGACACUAUGUCAGACAUAGUACAAGUAUGGCAGCGUAUCGUGUAUAGAAUAGGCUCCGGUUACGAUAACAAAGAUGGAGAAAAGUUGCCGAAUGAAUGACAGAGAAUAGUCAGUGACAUAUUUUGGACACCGCGGCGCUGCAGACAAAAAGCUUAAAAGUACCGGCAUAGCAGCAAAGGAUGAGCUCAUUACUGCAGAGUGUUCUCUUCCAGUCCACGGGCGAGUCUUCUGGUUGCACUGUGGAAGUGGAAGAGGAGAGCAGAUGUUUGUCUCUAUCCAGGCACUGGAUUUCAUGUCAGGAAUGUCUCCUCCACUGCAUCGGAACCAGAUCAGCUGGAGAUCCACAAGAGAAAGCUGUUCCUGUGGUUCAGCCACCUCCCCCAGGAGGAGAAGCAGUUUGGCGGAUACUUCAGCCCGGAGACAAUGCACGUGGAUCCGCUGAUCCUGGAGAGGAAGCCGGAGGAAAGAGUCGGACUCCUGGGUUCCCCCCUGAAAGUCGGGGCUUCCUCCGGCACCUCUGUCGGCGUGGAACAGCUUUUUGACGUCACGGAAGACCGGAGCCAGGACAGAGGAGUCAACGUGCUGCUGUACGGCGCCGUGGGCACGGGAAAAAGCACAGUUGUCCGAAAGCUGGUGCAGGAUUGGUGCGCCGGGACCACGCUGGGCCACUUCAAGCUGUUGAUUCCGUUCUCCUGUGAGGAUCUUGGUGAGCUGACAAAGGUGGCGUCUUUGAGGGACCUGGUGGCUAGGAAGUACCUUCACUUGAAAAGGCACCCUCUCCUGAGCGGGGAGGGAAACCAGGCUAAGGAUGUUCUCUUUCUGUUUAACGGGAUGGAAAAGAUGAAACUUGACUUCCGGAUUGGAUCCACGGAGCUCUGCAGUGACCCAAACGAGGCUCUGCCUGCGGGUGCAGUUGUGGUCAACUUGCUGAGAAAGUACCUGCUCCCUGAGGCCAGCAUCCUCGUGACCACCAGGCUGUCCGCCUUGGACCGCAUCCCGACAAAAUACGUGAAUCGCUACGCCCAGAUUUGUGGCUUCAAUGACCCAAACCGCCAGCGCGCCUACUUCACCAGCCGCCUGCUGCAGCAAAGCGGGGAACCAGCACGGGCCCAUGAAGCCCAGGCCCUCGUGGAGCUGCUCUACCUCAACCUCCAGAGGGAGAGCCAGUUGGCCGCGGCCUGUUUUCUGCCGUCCUACUGCUGGCUCACGUGCGCCACGUUGCACUUCCUGCAUUUCACCGACGCCAACGCGCCCAUUCGGACCCUCACUGGCAUAUACACCAGUUUCCUCAGGCUCAACUUCGGAGGGGAGGUACUGGGAAAAGCAACUGGGCCCAGUCCACCGACUCAGGAUCAACACAGUUCUUUGAUGCUGUACGUCGUCCGCACGGUUGGCAAACUCGCCUACGACGGCGUGACGUACAAGCGCACGUCGUUCUCAGAAAACGAGCUGGAGCAAUGGAUCGGCGGGAAGACCAAAACGGACGAGGAGCUCCGUCAGCUGGCCGUCUUCCGAACGGACGUGCUCGACUUCUUCCUGGCUCCCUGCGUUGAAAGUUGCAAGCAUUUGCCGGCAGAGCUGAGCGAGCACGACGAGAGGAGGUACGUGUUUGCCGUUCCCGCCAUGCAGGAGUACCUGGCCGCCCUCUACGUGGUUCUGGGGGAGAACAAAUCUGCUCUGGAGAAGCUGACCAAGCAAGUGUCUGUGGCCAUCGGUCAGGCGACCGAGGACGUCAGCGCCAUCGUCAAUAUCUUCUCCAAGUUCAUCCCUCUCAGAAUCUUCGCCGUCUUUAACCUACUGAAGCUUUUUCCAAAACUUUAUGAGAAAAUCAGCACUAAAAGCAAAGGCAACAUCGCGAGAACGAUGGCUGCCGAGCUGUUCCGAAAGGAGGACAGCCACAACGAGGACGUCCUUGAUCAGGUGGAGCAAAGCCUCCUGGGAGUCCACGGCCCGCCGUCACAGCAGCAGAGCGAAGCUCAGCCGUUUGAGCUCUACCCCAUCUUCAUGGGCGGGCUGCUGCACUACGGGAACCGCGUCCUCCUUCAGCAACUCGGAUGCGGCAUCCAGAGUUCCACCGUGGCUCAGAUUACACGAGCUCUUCGGAAGUACCUUGUCCGAGAAAUCAACAAGCCGCAGCCACCAGAGGAGCUGAUGGAUCUGUUGGUCCUUCUGUACGAGUUCCAAAAUCCCAGACUGACCGCCGAGGUCCUGACUUCAAUCAGAGCCGUCCGCCUUCACAACAUACGCAUGACGUCGCUCAAAUGCUUUGUGUUGAGUUCUGUGCUUUCGUGCGCCCCCUCCAGUUAUCAACUGGAAGAGUUGGACCUCUCCUCCUGUCUCCUGACUCGGGACAUGCUUCAGAUGUUGUGGCCUGCCUUCAGACACACUCGGAACCUCAACCUGCAGUAUAACAGCCUUGGUCCUGAAUCCUGCAUCUUCCUGAGGGAUCUUCUUCUAGACCCCAAAAUUUCUAUUAAAGUUCUACAACUGUGUGACAACCCUCUGCUGGAGUCCGGAGCGUGCACCCUUCUCCAGGCCCUUCCAGAGAACCGGUCCUUGGAGCACCUGUCCCUGAUGCACACCGGACUCGGGGACCAAGGGGCGCUGGAGCUGGCCGAGAAGCUUCAGCAGCACACGGGUCUCCAGGAGCUCAACGUGGCCUACAACAACAUCGGCGACAAUGUGGCCCUCGCCCUGGUGGAUGCCUGCAGGGAACAUCCCAGUAUUCACACAGUACAUUUGUACCUGAACCCCCUGAGUGAUGUAGGCAAGCAGUCCCUGUACGUCCGGGGCGCUCCCAAGAGCCACGGCGGUAGCGGCCGGCGUGUCAAGGUCCUGGCCUCGGUCACCGAGGGUUCGGACCUCUCCGAGGACUGGCACCCCAUUCUCAGUGUGAUUCGGGAAAAUGCGUCAUCCUGGGACAGGGGGCGUGUACAACAGCAGCUUCAGGUGUUCCUCAGGGAUCUGGAAUGGGGCCGUCAGCAGCAGCAGAGCCUGUGGAAAAAGCUGCACUUCCGUAGGGUGGAGAAGGGUGUCCGGCAGACCCUGCGGAUGCUGGAGAAGGACACGCCACCACGCUGAAGUUCCAACCAGAGAACAACUUUUACCACAAAACUGCAGUAACGUGGCUUUCUGUUGGGGUUGGGCAAUACUCCACGGGUAGUCAGGAUUCAAUCCAGAACCAGUUUUUUGCAUGUUGGAGGACUGGAUCUACCAUUGGUAUCAUGACCUGGUUUUUAUCUGUAACAUACAAAUAAUGCACAGUACAUACAAUACAAUUCUAAUUCCUUUGUUUACUACUAAAUAAACUAUGCCUGCUAGACCGAGAGAAGGGACAAGAAAAGCAACAACGAGAGGACCAAUCACCAGAGACUCACUGCUUUUAUAAGGUUAAUUGGAAUAAUUAGACUCAUUUAAGCGGAGACACCCUUGGCACAACAGGUGGCAAAUAAUUAGAGUCCAAUAUCUAUUGUGCCAACUUCCUUGAAAAUGACACCUUACAUCACGGGUAAGGUUAGUACUAAUCAACAAUGGAUGGUAUCAACUUUAUCAAAGUUUGGGAUCACUUGCAAAUUUCUUUGUUUUUUUUCCCAAAGAAAAACACAUUUUCACGCAUUUCCCAAACAAUGAAAAUGAAUGAGAUGAUUUAGAAAGAAGCAUGUAUAUUUUUGCAUAGAGGCCUACUAUCAACAACUGUCAGUCCUCUGCAUCAAUCUCCUGGUAUGGCUGCUAAUCCAAGUUCAUCAUUUUAGAAGGCUAAUAGAUGAUUAGAAAAGACAUCUAAAAAUCUCUUACCAUGCUGUUAACUACUCCCUUCAGAGAGCAGCACAAACUGGGUCUAACGAGGACACAAAAACGAUGCACAUCUAAAAAAAUCGAAACCAAAACUAAAAUCUCUUACCAUGCCUAGACUGGUGGCCAGCCAAUCACAGGGCACAUAUAGACAAACAACCAUUCACACUCACAUUCGUACCUAUGAAUUAUAAUACAAUUUGGAGUCGCUAAUUAAGCUAGCAUGUUUUUGGAAUGCGGGAGGAAAUCGGAGUAAACAUGCAAACUCCACACAGAGAUGUCCGAGGGUGGAAUUGAACCCUGGUCUCCUAGCUGUGACGUCUGCACGCUAACCACUCGACCACCGCGCAGCCUUGUUUUUCUUAAUAAUACGACCUUUCUACGAAUAAGCGAUAUAGAAAAUGCAUGGAUUCGAUCCCUAGCGGUACACUUAUCCACAUAUCCAAACGGCAACGUGAAAUUUAUAUCCAACAUCCGACGUGAAGCUAACUUCACCAAGUGAAUGGAGUAACAUUUCAACUUCCUGGCUAAAGCUAACGUUAGCGUAAAAACAGCAUUACGUAGAGUGGGCCUUUAUGUAAGUCUUUAUAUAAGACACAGCUGGGUAAGAAGAAUGUAUAAACGAUGAACGCAAUAGAUAAAUGAACAUUUAAUAACACACUAGCGUUUAAUUGUACUUGGAUGCAAUCCCGUUGAAAGGCUACAAUUAGAGUCAUUUUAGACGCAUCGAAAAAUCCUGUUGACAUGAAAAUUAUAAGGACGCACCUUAGACCCGGGAAUGCAAAAGGCCAUCCAGCAGCUUAGCCGGUUUUUGUUUUUAAGUCAAUAUUUGCAUUUGAAACACGGGGACGUUUUAAGAAAAUUAAGCAAGAUUUUCCACCAGCAACUUCAUUUGGCCCCAUGGUAGGUUCAGCGCUAUGCAGACGUAUGGUGUUCCAUUGGGUUAGCUAGGAAAGAACUAGCGAGUCUACAACAUAGUAACAUAUCGUUAUCAGACAUGCAAACCUCUGGUCCUGCACAUCCAUAGAAACCGGUUGAGUCCGGACUCCUCCUGAGGUGUUCUGGGCAUACCCAACCGGGAGAAGGUCCAGAGGUAGACCUAGGCCACAUUGGACGGAUUAUGUCUCCAUGGCCUGGGAACGCAUUCGUGUCCUCACGGUGGAGCUGGAAGAGGUGGCUGGAAAUGGCGGGAAGUCUGCCCCCUUAUUAUUAUUAUUAUUAAUAAUAAAUAAUAAUAAUAAAUAAUAAUUAUAAUAAAAAUGAUUUAAAAAAUAAAUAAAUAAUAAAUAAUUUUUAUUUUGCUAUUAUUUCUUUUUAUCUACUGUAAAGCGUCUUUGAGGACUCUGAAAAGCGCUAUACAAAUAAAAUGUAUUAUUAUUAUUAAUAAAUAAUAAUAAAUGAUGAUUAUAACAAAAAUAAUUUUAAAAAUAA